AUGGCCUCUAUCGAAGUCAAUGACAUAUUGUUCUGCCAGGAACAUUUUGCAGAAGUUUGUGACGAAUGCUGCGUGGACUUACGCGAGGAAAACGAUUCCUUUUAUGGGGUCGUAUGCAAUGAGCACGAUAGCGCAACCUGCAGUCAGUGUUUCAACUGGAAAAAGCAGAUCUCCAGGAAGUUUAAAGAAGCCGCAAAGCAUCAGAAGUAA